AUGCUCGCCCCGCUGCUCCAGACAAGCAAGCUGCGCGAUGAAGCCUUUGGCAAGUUCUGGGUCGCCUUUAGCAACGCGCAAUCCACCCAACAGCCACCGGCGCUGGACGCAGCACCAACGCCCGUGCAAUGCUCAUCAGACCUGAUCCCGCCGCUGCUAGCGCGCGCGUCAGGCAUCGUGCUCGACGUCGGCCCUGGCACAGGCACACAGAUGCCAUUCCUGCGCUCGCCGGCCAUCCGGGCGAUCUACGGCGCGGAGCCGUGCGCCGGUCUGCACGCGGAGCUGCGCGCACGCGCCGACGCCGAGGGCCUGGGUGCGAAGUACCACGUCGUGCCGUCGAGCGUGGUGGCGGCGGAGCUGGUGCCUGCGCUGGAGAAGGAGGGGCUUUCGGCUGCGGAUGGGGCGGGCGUCUUCGACACCAUCAUCUGUGUGCGGGUGCUGUGCAGCGUGCCCGAUAUGCAGCGCACCAUCCGCGAGCUCUGCUUGUUGCGGAGCAUGUGGUGA